UCGCGGGUCCCGGGCGCGGGCGGGCGGGCGGGUCAGCCCUCGCGGGGGCCUCACCGUGCGCUUGCCUCCCAGUUCUGGGCGCUCGGCUGAGCCCAGCCUCCGAGGGCGCCGGGGAGGGUCGAGCCCCCUCUCGCCCCCUUUCGCCCCCUCUCGCCCCUUCCCGCGGCGUCCUGCCGGAGCCCGCGGCGGGACGUGCUUGGCCUGUGCGCCUGGAAGCGAUUUUUGCCGAGUCAUUCACCACCCUCGUGACCUUGAAUCAGUUGAAUGUGAAAGUGCGCGCCGAGAGCAGAAGUGGGGAGCUGUUGGCACUGGGCGCAGGGGGCGCGGGCUUCCAGGCAGUGGGAGCAGGUGCACAGAAGCCUGCCAGCUGCGGGGUAGCCGGUGCUGGCGGGUUUAAGGUUUUGGAGGACACGUGCCAGCGGCAGGGCUUCAACCCCAGUGAAUACGACCUGAAGUUUCAGAGGAACGUGCUUGACCUGUCUCUGCAGUGGAGAUUUGCCAACCUGCCCAACAAUGCCAAGUUGGAGAUGGUACCCAUCUCCCGGAGCCGCGAGGGGCCCAACAACAUGGUUCGCAUCGCUUUGCAGUUGGAUGAUGGCUCCAGGUUGCAGGACACUUUCUGUUCAGGCCAGACCCUCUGGGAGCUUCUCAGCCAUUUUGCUCAGACCAGGGAGUGUCUGCAGCGGCCAGACGAGGUGAUCCCGGUCUGCGUGUACAUGAGGGAUGAGGUGACCGGCGGGGCCGCCCUGCGGAGCACAACGCUGCAGUCGCUGGGCCUCACCGGGGGCAGCGCCACCAUCAGGUUUGUCAUGAAGAGGUGUGACUCCAUGGGCAAGCAGGAGCCUGGGGUCCCCAGGAGCAGAACCUCAGGAAGCCCGACCUCCUCCAUGUCUGCUGGCCAGGCAGCCGGCAGCACUCUGCUUCCCUUGAACUCAGGGGAGCUCAGCAGGGGUGACCUGAGCCACCCGGGUGACACAGGCACCUUGGGCAGCAGCCACGUGGACGGCUUGGGCCCAAAGCCGGAGGACGCUCAGGCGAAGCCGAGUGCGGAGUCCACCCCUGCCCCCUUUGUUCCUUUCUCUGGUGGGGGCCAGCGACUGGGGGGCCCGUCGGGGUCCGGGAGGCCUCUGAUAACACCUUCAGCCAAUCUGCCAAAGCCCUUCUCCAGCCCUGGAGGCCCCUCCAAGCCAAAGAAGUCAAAGCCGGGCCAGGAGCCACUGCUGGAGCCGGAGCCGGAGCCGGAGCCAGAGCCGCCCCUGGACCGAGACCCUGUGGUGUGCCACCCCGACCUGGAGGAGCUGCUCCAGGCCUGGCCAGCAGAACUGCCUGACGAGUUCUUUGAGGUGACCGUGGAUGACGUAAGAAGACGCUUGGCCCAGCUCAAGAGUGAACGGAAGCGCCUGGAAGAAGCCCCGCUGGUGACCAGGGCCCUCAGGGAGGCCCAGCUGAAGGAGAAGCUGGAACGCUACCCGAAGGUGGCCCUGAGGGUCCUGUUUCCCGACCGCCACAUCCUGCAAGGCUUCUUCCGCCCCAGUGAGACAGUGGGGGACCUGCGAGACUUUGUGAGGAGCCACCUGGAGAACCCGGACCUGCCCUUUCACCUGUUCAUUGCUCCUCCAAAAACAGUCCUGGACGACCACACGCUGACCCUCUUUCAGCGAAGGGGACUGCCCCCUGUCCAGCCAAGUGCUCCCUGCGCAGUGGUGCAGACAGAACACAGGGUGUCCUUCUACCCUCCCCUAGUGCUCCCAAGCCUACUUGCCCCUCUCUGCACUUCCCCUGCAGUGCAGGCAAACCUUUUCCCUGCUGCCCUCGUGCACUUUGGAGCUGAGGAGCCAGCAGGUCUCUACCUGGAGCCUAGGCUGCUGGAACACACCGUCUCCCCAUCUGCGGCUGAUGUGCUGGUGGCCAGGUGCAUGUCCAGGACCACUGGGUCCCCACCUCCACUGCCAGCCCCUGACCCUGUGCCCCUCGAGUCUGAACCAACUGCUGAGGAAGGGGCACUGGAUCCCUCUGAACCUAUCUCCGGGACGGUCCAGCCCAAGAGGAAGAGUCUGGGCAAGGUGCCCACGUGGCUCAAGCUGCCAGCCAGCAAGAGGUGAGAGCCAUCCACCUGGAGCUGCCCACUCUGCCAGCCAGAGGACCCACCCCACCCCUAGCUGGAAUAAAGAUGUGCUUCUCUGA